AUGAAAAACAGCGCGCUUAAUCACGUGACCAACGCAGCGUUCGAAGAUAAACGAAAAAUCGUCUUCGCGAUACACGCGCGCGUGCGUGUUUGCGUGAAAAAGCAGGCGCACACCGUCGACUGCCAUCGUCGUCACUCGGCGGUGGCGAGUCGCCUUGAGAUCGGGGGUCGGAUGGCGCCGAUAGCCCCUAGGCGAAAGCUAAAUGGCGUCGAUAUUUGUACGGCUUGCGCAAAUUCGCUGAUGAUUAAUGCCACACCCGGAUGCGAGACCCGGAAUUCAUCCGAAACCAAGGACCGCACACAGAAAAUGCACGCACCAGCCAACAGCAAAAAUGUACCAAGCCAAGAAGUCACCUAG